CGGAAACGAUGAUCUUAAUAACGCUAUGGCUAAUGGUAGCCGCUUGCGGUUUAUUUUACCUAUUUUUGCGUUGGAAUUUCAACUAUUGGUGGUAUUCGGAAGUUAAUGGACCAAAGCCAGAAAUCUACUUUGGCAAUUUACCCAGUGCUGUAACGAAAAAACGUCAUGUUGUCUAUGACAUGUGUGACAUAUAUAAUACAUACAAAUACACCGAUGAUUUUGUUGGAAUUUUCACAAAUCGUACCCCGCAGCUAUUCAUUAUCAAUCCAGAGUUGGCAAGACGAAUUUAUAUUCAAGAUUUUAAACACUUUCAUGACAAUGAAAGUUCUCAAAUGAUUGAUGAAAAGACCGAUUUCCUUUUUGCCAACAAUCCCUUUGUUACUGGUGGUGAAAAAUGGAAACAACGCAGAUCUGAAAUAGUUCCGGGCCUUACAUUAAGUCGGAUAAAAUCGAUGUUUCCCAUAACGUUAGCAAUAUGCAAGCGUUUGGCGAAUUACAUAGAAAAGGAACUGAAAAUUCCAUCUGACGAGGGCAUUGAUGCAAAGGAUCUAACAUCCCGUUUUAUGGCCGAUGUUAUAGCAGACUGUGUAAUGGGUUUGGAAAGCGAUAGCUUUAAAGAUAUCAACUCUCCCCUGUUGGUUAAGAGACAUGAAAUGUUUCGAUUUCAUCCGAUAUAUAUGAUCAUAACGGGUCUACUGCCAAUGAUUGCAAAAAUUAAAAAAGUUCGUUCAAUAAGUAAAGAAUUCGAAGACUAUUUUGUUGAGUUGAUGGAAAAAUCGAUUGAGAUGAGGAAAUCACAUGCGGCCGCUCAAGAGAGAGUGGAUUUUCUAAAUUAUUUGUUGCAGCUGCAGGCGAAGAAAAAUUUAACUCACAUGGAAUUGUGCGCUCAUGCUAUGACUUUUAUACUGGAUGGUUUCGAGACGGUCUCCUCAAUUUUGGCGCAUACCCUACUAUUGUUGGCUCGUCAUCCUCAGACACAAGAAAAAUUACGACAAGAAUUUGAGGAAAAUUUGUCCGCAGGAAAUCGAGAUUUUAAUGCCAUACAUGAAUUACCCUAUUUGAACGCCUGUAUACUUGAAGCCAUUCGCCUGUUCCCCGUUGACUUGUAUUCACGAAAACUUUGCACCGAACCCAUUGUAUUGACUAAUAAAAAUGGCAAAGCAUUUAAGGUUCCCCGCGGCAUGUUGGUCAUAAUACCCAAAUAUCCAAUUAUGAUGGACGAUGAAUACUAUGAAGAUCCUAUGGAAUAUCGACCAGAAAGAUUUUCCGAAGAAAAUGGAGGAGUUAAAAAGUAUCUAAACAAAGGUGUCUAUUGGAGUUAUGGUGAUGGACCCAGGAUAUGUUUGGGUGUCACCUUUGGCUUUGUUCAGAUUAAGGCAGCACUCGUUGAAAUAUUAACAAAAUUUAGUGUAAAACCGAAUCCAAAAACUCGCAACGAUUAUGCAUUGGAUCCAACAUAUUUCUUAGCACGUCUUGAUGGUGGAAUAUAUUUAGAUUUUGAAUUACUUUGA